AAAUAUUUGGACUCUCUAACGUAACCGCAGAAAGAAAAAAAGAAUAUUUAAAUAUAAGUUCAUUAUUUUAACACAAAACAAAGAACAAACAGAGAGAAAGAGAAACGUUAAACAGAGAGAUAGAGAGAGUUGAGUUCGACCUUUUAAAACUUUGAGACUCCAUACGGUUCACUCUGAUUCGCAGAGAGUUUCGAAGAAACGACAGAAUCACAACGACUAAUUAAAAAAAUAAAACUAUUUCGUUAAUCCAAUCCGUAAGUACCUUCAUUGUUAUUGUUUAUUACAUAAGCUCCUCUCUUUGUUCUUUUUUAAAGAUUCUUCCUUUUCUUCUUCUCCGUUGAGCAGUUCAUAUUCAGAUCGGGAUCAUCGAUUCCUCCGGUUUGAUUUUUUCUGGGUUUUCAAUUUUUUAGUGUAAUUGGGUUUCAAAAUUUGGAAUCUGGAGAUCUAAAAUCUGUUUGAAAGUGUUAGUCUUUCAAUUAAAUUCGUCUCUCUGUUUCAUUCUCGUGAUAAAGGCUCUGUUUUUGAAUCUGAUUAUCUAUGGUUGAAGAUCGUACCCAUCUGUUAUCUCGAGUCUUCUCAUCUUCUCGUCCCUCGGAAUCAAACUGGGAUCACAUGUAUCCACCACAAGAAGAAGACUCCCUCAAAAACGGCAAAAGAGCUUUAGAUGACGAUGACGAUGAGCUUAAAGACGAUCUCAGACAUACCAAAUCCCGCAAACUGUCUGAUGAUGACUCACUCAUCAACGACAUCAUCGGCAGAGACAUUUCCAUCAGCUGUCUGAUCCGCUGCUCCCGGUCCGACUACCCCUCAAUCGCUUCCCUAAACCGGAGUUUCCGGUCUCUGGUUAAGUCCGGAGCCAUUUACAAGCUCCGGAGACAGAACCGGAUCAUCGAGCACUGGGUCUACUUCUCCUGCCAGCUCCUUGAAUGGGUUGCCUUCGACCCGGUCGAAAGAAGAUGGAUGAAUCUCCCGACGAUGCGUUCAGGCGAUACCUUCAUGUGCACGGAUAAAGAGUCUCUCGCUGUCGGAACAGACUUGCUUGUCCUAGGCAAAGACGAUGGCUCUUCUCACGUUGUGUAUAGAUACAGCCUCUUGACUAACUCUUGGUCUCCCGGCAAGAAGAUGAACUCUCCGAGGUGUUUGUUCGGGUCAGCGAGCUUAGGAGAGAUCGCUAUCUUCGCCGGUGGUUGUGACUCUCUAGGUAAGAUCAGUGACGUUGCGGAGAUGUAUAACUCUGAGCUUCAGACGUGGACUACGCUUCCCAAGAUGAACAAACCGAGGAAGAUGUGUUCCGGUGUCUUCAUGGAUGGGAAGUUCUAUGUGAUUGGAGGGGUCGGCGGCGGCGAGGAGUACGAUUUAGCGGCCAAGAAAUGGACUGAGAUACCGGAGAUGUCGCCGCCGAGGAGCAAGGAGAUGCCGGCGUCAGCGGAAGCGCCACCUCUCGUUGCGGUUGUGAGCAAUGAGCUGUAUGCUGCGGAUCAUGCUGGUAUGGUGGUGAGGAAGUAUGAUAAAGGGAGUAAGAAGUGGUUUACUUUAGGGAGGUUGCCUGAGAGAGCUGGCUCGGUUAACGGUUGGGGGUUGGCGUUUAGGGCUUGCGGUGAGAGGUUGAUUGUGAUUGGUGGGCCUAAGAGCUCUGGUGGAGGGUUCAUUGAGCUGAACUCUUGGAUACCAACUAGUGGUGGAAGCCCUCCUGUGUGGACAUUGCUUGAUAGGAAACAUUCAUCUAAUUUUGUUUACAAUUGUGCAGUGAUGGGUUGCUGACAAAAAUUUUGAACAUUGAAAUCAAGAUUCUUGGCUGCUUGGGGGAGGUUGAAAGUGGCAUGCAUGCAGCCUUUUCUUAUUUAUUUGGCUAUACAAUUUAAUUCAGUUUCAGUACAAUGGUCUUGGUGGCAUUGUUAGGUUCUUGGGGGUGAAGGAACAGAAACAAGUUUUACAAUAAGUUGGUGGAGAAAGUUCAGUCUUUCAGUUCUGUUAAAAGUUGUUGAAUUUGUUUUCUGAAUACAAUAUUUUUGUUAUGUCUUGGAAAUAUUUAUGUAUCAUUCAUUCUUUUUCAAAAAAUGUAUUUAUUUAUGUUUUAUGUUU